UAUUUUAUCUGGUACUGCACGAUGUGUUUCCGCAGGAACAAGUAAUACUGAGGAAACUACAGAUACUACUGCUUCAAGACAGCUCAUUCCACCUCAAGGCAAAUCUGUUUUAAGAAUUCCUGAUGAAAAUACUCUUCCAAGUAUUUUGGCUUCAUUAAAAGAAAAUAACACUUUAUUAAAAGAACUUUUCAAAAAGGUUGAUAGAAUUGAAAG